AUGGCCUCAAAAGCUCUAAAUGUAGCAAACGCACUUCGCUCUCUCAGCAAUACAGUCCGAGGAAUUAACCCUUUCUUCAUGCGGCAAGCAAUCAAGGCCUGCGUACUCUCCAAAGUCUACUAUAGUACUGAAACCUGGUGGCCGGGCAGCUCCCGCCUUGAUCUACACACAGGAACAAUCUCAAACCGGGUCCAAGGACACCUUAACAGAGUAACUAAGGUUAUACUAGCAGGGGCUAGAGCAGUCUUCCCAGUCUACCGCACAACCCUAAUACCUGCUCUCUACCGGGAGUCAGGGCUCCUACCAGCAGAGAUUGAGCUAGACUAUAUAGCUGCUGCUGCAACAGUCCGCAUACGCCGUCUCGACCCCUAUUACUCACUCCGCAGGAGGGCAGAAGAGACAACCCGUACAGGCCUCAAGAGAAGCCGCUUUGCACGCCGAGUACGAGCCCUGCCGAAAUCAGAACAAAUCAACCCUCUGCAAAAUGCCCCCUGGCUUCUGCAAGAACUACGCGAAGCAGCUUAA